GUCGGACCUUUGCUGUCCGUAUUCUCGCGAUACGGCACGAAGUUUCCGGUGUUGUGUAUGUUCCUGGAAAUAUGGCGGCCAGCUUCCGCGGCCGUCCUAUCCGGAGUCUUCGGAUGCGGGGUCGGAAUGACAGCGGGGAGGAGAACGUCCCGCUGGAUCUGAGCAGAGAACCAUCAGAAAACUUUCGCGAGAUCCUCCAAAAUGUGGCCAAAUCUCACGGCGUCAGUAACAUGCGAAAGCUCGGCCACCUGAACAACUUCAUUAAGCUGCUUUGCAGCAUCGGACAUCGGGAGGAGUGCUUUGGGUUUACAUAUGAAGAAAUCAUCGUUUGUCUGCGACUAGCUCUUCUAAACGAGGCCAAGGAGGUGCGCGCAGCAGGUUUGCGGGCACUCCGCUACCUUAUUAGAGACACCAACGUGCUGCAGAAGGUCCUCAGGCUGCAGGUGGAUUAUUUGAUCGCCAGAUGCAUCGACAUCCAGCAAAGCAACGAGGGGGAGAGGACUCAGGCGUUACGACUCGUCCGAAAGAUAAUCACGGUCAACGCCACGCUGUUCCCCACCUCCGUUGCAAACUCUCUAAUCGCCGUCGGCACAGACGGACUGCAGGAGCGGGAUCGCAUGGUCCGCGCUGCCGUUGCCAUCAUAUGUGAGCUAGCCCUGAAGAACCCAGAGGUGGUGGCCAAACGCGGAGGUCUCAGCACCAUCCUUAAGAGCGUCAUCGACUGUCAGCUUAGCCGGAUCAACGAGGCCCUGAUCACCACGGUCCUCCACUUACUCAACCACCCAUGCACCCGCCAGUAUGUGCGUGUUGACGUCGAGCUCGAGCAAAUCCUGGCGCCUUUCACCGAUUUCCACUAUCGACACAACGCAGACAUGUCUGAAGGACAGCUCAAGGAAGACAGAGAAUCCAGGUUCUUGUCAAGCAGGAUGGCGAUAGUUGCUGCAUUUCGUUCCUGGUCUGGAAUUAUCAACCUGUGCAAGGCUGGAAAUUCUGGAAUCCAGUCUUUAAUCGGCUUACUUUGCAUACCAAAUAUGGAAGUUAGGAAAGGCUUGUUGGAAGUGUUAUACGAGAUAUUCAGGCUCCCUGUGCCCAUUGUUACUGAAGACUUCAUGGAGGCUGUCCAAAGUGUUGAUCCCGCCAGGUUCCAGGACACCUGGAGACUCUCUGAUGGGUUUGUGGCUGCCGAGGCUAAAGUUAUCCUACCCCACCGGGCCCGCUCCAGGGCUGACCUGAUGGACAACUACCUGGCCUUUGUCCUUUCUGCCUUCAUCACCAGUGGACUGUUAGAGGGUCUUGUGGAAGUCGUGACCAGCAGCGAUGAUCAGCUUGCCAUCAGAGCUACUAUACUCCUGGGAGAACUUUUACACAUGGCAAACACAAUUCUUCCUCAUUCCCAUAGCCACCACCUGCACUGCCUGCCUACCCUCAUCAACAUGGCCGCCUCAUUUGACAUCCCCCAAGAGAAACGACUCCGUGCGAGUGCAGCCGUGAACAAUCUGAAGCGUUUCCACGAGAAGAAGAAGAAAGGUUUGAAGCCGCACAGUCUUUACUUGGACCACAUCAUUCGCAAGUCUGUGUCGUCCCAUAACCGCAGAGACUCCCACUCGCGGUCCCAAAGGGACAUCUACAUCAUAAAGGACACUGAAGAAACCCUGCUGAUGAACCUGAGAGACAGCCACAUCCUUAACCACAAGCAGAACCUGGAGUGGAACUGGUUGCUCAUCGCCACCAUCCUGAAGUGGCCAAAUGUGAACCUCAGGAACAACAAAGACGAACAGAUGCACAGGUUUGUUCGGAGGCUGCUGUACUUUUAUAAGCCCACUAGUAAAUUAUAUGCUGGGCUGGCUUUGGAUCACGCCAAGGCCAGACAACUCACAGUGGUUGGAUGUCAGUUUGUGGAGUUCCUCAUGGACUCAGAUGAGGAUGGUCAGGGGUAUCUGGAGGACCUUGUGAAGGACAUGGUCUCGUGGCUGUCCUCGUGUUCAGGACUGAAGCCGGAGCGCAGCCUGCAGAGCAACGGCCUUCUCACCACACUCAGUCAGCACUACUUCCUCUUCCUGGGGACACUUUCCGCACACCCACAGGGAGUCAAAAUGUUGGAGAAAUGUGGCCUGUUCCAGUGCCUGCUGAAUUUGUGCUCGGUAAAGAACCAGGAUGCUGUGCUGAAGCUGGCCGUAACGACUCUGGACUACAGCAGAGACGGCCUGGCCAGAGUCAUCCUCUCAAAGGUCCUCACAGCUUCCACUGAUACGUGCAGGCUGUAUGCUACCAAACACCUCCGCGUGCUGCUGCGUGCCGGCGUGGAGUUCUUCAGUAGCUGGGGCAUGGAGCUUCUGGUCACCCAGCUUCAUGACCACAACAAGGUGGUUUCCAUGGAGGCCCUGGACAUCCUGGAUGAGGCCUGUGAGGACAAGGCCAACCUUCACGCUCUUAUCCAGCUGAAACCAGCUGUGUCUCAUCUGGGAGACAAAGGCCUCCUGCUGCUCCUCAGGUUCCUGUCCAUUCCUAAAGGUUUUUCCUACCUCAAUGAGAGGGGUUAUGUCAGCAAACAGCUGGAUAAAUGGCAGAAGGAGUACAACCUAAAAUAUGUGGAUCUGAUAGAGGAGCAGCUGAACGAAGCACUAACGACUUACCGCAAACCCGUCGAUGGAGAUAACUACGUCAGACGCAGCAACCAAAGGUUACAAAGACCAAAUGUUUAUCUCCCUGUGCACUUGUAUGGCCAGCUGGUUCAUGAUAAGACAGGCUGUCAUCUCCUGGAAUCUCAGAAUGUAGUUCCAGACCUCAGCUACACGGUCCGCUCCCCGAUGCUGGACACCUGGGAGGGCGUCAAGCAGCUGAAGGCUGCUCUCUGGGCUCUGGGCAACAUCGGCUCUUCAAACUGGGGUCUGAAUCUCCUGCAGGAGGAGAACGUCGUCCCUGACAUCCUCGCAAUGGCUCAGCACUGUGAGGUGCUGUCAGUGCGCGGGACAUGCAUUUAUGUGCUCGGCGUGAUUUCCAAGACCAAGCAGGGAUGCGAGGUCCUCAAACAGUACGGAUGGGACGCGGUCAGGCACAGUCGCAGGACGCUGUGGCCUGUCACUCCCGAAGAGGUCGACACCCUGCUCACCUCAGAGCUUUCCUCCGUACCGAGCACGCUCAGUCUGAACUCGGAGUCCACCAGCUCACGCCACAACAGCGAGAGCGAGUCUCAACCAAACAUGUACAUCCUGGACGAUGACAAGUGCGACGGUCUGGACUCAUCCGACGACCCCUCGUUCUAUCCACACUCCAAAGCGGUCAAAGAGCGCAGCCCCUUCACAAUCCUCGGUUCCACGCGCUUUGUGCGCUCCCGCUUCCUCAACUCCCUGUCCCUCCCCAGCAAGAAGCUACGCUCCACUAGUGACCCAAAGAGUCCCUCGGGCUCGCGCACCCUGUCCGACCUCAAGAUGGAGAGCCCGAGGCGGAACCGGACGGUGACGGAGCCCUCCGUCUACAACCAGGGCGACGUGUUCACCACGGUGUUUAACGGCAGGGGAAUGCCAAAGAGUCCCACGGUUAGCCUGGAGACCUCCUUUGUCGGCACCAGGGGGGGCUCCGAGGAGCAGCUGGUGGACGGCAGGCUGGUGAGGGGAGGGGGCUCGGGCCUCGGGCUCAGCGGUCUCGGUGGACAUGGGGUGGUGGAGCACCACAGGGAGCAGAGCAGCCGAGAGCGUCUAGCGGGCGACGGCGGCUCCUCCGGCGGAGGGAACGUGGGCGGGGGCGGAGGGGGCGGGGGCACUCAGUUCAAAAGCCGCAGCCAGAGCUUUAACACGGAUACAACCACCAGCGGCAUCAGCUCCAUGAGCUCCAGCCCCUCCCGCGAGACCGUCGGCAACCCCGAGCAUCCCGAGGUGGAGCCAGACUCCUCCGACUGCGUGAGCCUCAACACCGUCGUGUCAGCCAAGACUGUCAAAACGCUCUCCUCCCUCAGCCCCCAGCCCCAAAGCAACCACAUGUGCGCCUCCAAGUCCUCCAACAUUUCACUGGUGCCGCCGGGCUCCUCGCACACUCUGCCCCGCCGAGCUCAGUCCCUCAAGUCCCCGUCGGUGUCGACCAUCAAGAGCCUGGCCGACUGCAGCUUCAUGUACACCAGCCCCAGAGACGCGCUGGGCUACGCCACGCUGAAGAGGCUGCAGCAGCAGAGGAUACACCCGUCUCUGUCUCACAGCGAAGCCCUGGCCUCGCCCGCCAAAGACGUCCUGUUCACCGACACCAUCACCAUGAAGACCGGCAGCCUGGACUCCAGGUUAACGCCUCGCAGCUGUGGUUCUAGUGGAGGUGCGGGUUCUGCCCCCCUCAGCAGUGACAAAGUCCCCGUGUCUGUUGCUGUGUCUGUCAGGCUAUCAGACAGGAGGAGUACCUGUCCAGCGCCCAGCGUCCCCAGCCCGUACCGCAGGCUGUCCCGAACACUCGUACCGCGCUGUGGUUCUAGUCGAGGUGCGGGUUCUGCCCCCCUCAGCAGUGACAAAGCGCCCGUGUCUGUUGCUGUGUCUGUCAGGCUAUCAGACAGGAGGAGUACCUGUCCAGCGCCCAGCGUCCCCAGCCCGUACCGCAGGCUGUCCCGAACACUCGUACCGCGGUUCCUGAAAGCCCUGAGCUUCGCCUCUCUGGAUAAAGAGGAGCUGCUCAGCCCCAUCAACCAAAGCACGCUGCACCGCUGCUCCUCGGUGCGCUCCAUGGUCUCCAGCGCCACCUUCGGCUGCACCGACGACUACAUCGGCCUGGCGCUGCCCAUGAACAUCAACGACAUGUUCCACAUCAGAGACUCCACCUACUUUCAGCAGAGGAUCAGCCCGCCCUCCGAGGAGCGCAAGCGCUUCCUGUUCGGCGACGGAGACGGGGAUCGGCCUGCUCUCCCGUUACUGAAGCAGCAGUUCAGCAUCUCUGAGCUGAUCGCGUCCCGAGGAGACGCUCAGAACCACCUGGUGGAUUCGGAGGAGACGGGUCUGCAGGACCACUCGGAGGAAAACUGUCUGUACUGCGUGGGGGCCAGCGUCCUCGGGUACCCCACCCAGCCACAGAUCAACAGCACCCACUCCCGGACAGGUGAGGGGGUCCAAAACGCACGUUUCGUCUCAUGUGGAAAAAAGCUUCACGGUCCGAACAGAAUGUCAAAAAUAUCAUUUUCAUUCCCAGAUUAUGUUGACUUCCCUUCAUGGGGUGGUCAGGGUGCUCAUCGUCUGGAGGUGAUGCCCCAGUCUAAGUUCUCUGGGGUGUCAGGCUGCAGUGAUGCUGCUGUUUCACAAGGUUCAAUCUCUAGCACGCCCACGCCUGGUGACAUUGUUAUUGGCGGGAAGGCGAUAUCGGAUGACGGCCCGGCCUCUCGAGUCCUCCUGAGGAAGGAGAUUCUGCGCCUCAUCAUCAACCUCAGCUCCUCUGUCGGAACCAAAGGCAACGAAACCGGACUGUUGACGAUAAAGGAAAAGUUCCCUUACGCCUUCGAUGACAUCUGCUUGUACUCGGAGGUGUCCCACCUCUUGUCCCAUUGUAUGUUCCGUCUGACUUCGAGGCGCUUCAUACAAGAGCUCUUCCAGGACGUGCAGUUUAUGCCAAUGUACGAGGAGGCUGAAGCGAUCCUGACAAAACUACCAAAACCUGUUGAAGAGGACGUUAACCCUCCUGCAGAGUCCUGAUCGUCCCUGCGCCUAAACCCCACCACCCCACCCACCCACCCACCUGCCUUGUGCUCAGUUCACAGCUGCAGUCCUGGCUCCUGACAACCGUGGAAAGAAAGCAGGUCUGAGGCUCUACGGACAGAGGAGCACUGGCCCCGUGUCUGCUGCUGGAAACAAAGGACGCUCGUCGCUCAGCUCCUUCCUGAGCUGCAGACUAAAGACUUCAGUAACCGUACGCACACUCAGUGCCGUUUCAGAAACUAAAUUCAACAGCAGUCUGGCCAAAUACUGUUUCCGCGUUGAUUGGCAACACUGACAAAUAUUCACUGAAGGACAGAAGACGGUGCAUUGAAAAAAAACAAAUGUUUUAAAAUAUCGAAUCAUGUUCUGAUUUUCGCAGAUUUAGGUUGUUUCCUGUAGUGAAACAAAGGCACAUCUUGGCGUCUGCCUGAAGAUUCCUCGGACCAUGCGUUCUUUUCGUCAAACACAACACUAUGAACUGAUCCCGCUGUUCUCCUAACCCAGCUGGAGCCGUCCUGGUCCAGAUCCCGCAUCCGCAGCUCUCCUGCCUCACCACUUCCUGAAACCUUAAGCCUCCUGUCAGCAGAGACAGCCUGUUAACCUUUCUAUUCCUUGUGUCACAGACAAUCAAACGUCACCAGUGUUGUAUUUUCUAAAGCAUUAUUAUAUCUGCCACUUUUACUCGGCCAAUAAGCAGAAUAGCAUGUGAUUUAACGCUAGUUUGUUCCAUACUUUACUUGCUUUGGGCCGUUCUUGUUUUCUUUUCCUCUGCUUUUGCAUCUUUACCAAGCUUCAGAGAAGGCCUGUUGGUUUCUGUGGGGUUUUUUUUUUUUUUUUUUUUUUUGAAGGUGCUCGCUUGUGUAAGUAAUCUGUAGAAAAGGUCGAUUUGCGGAUGCACACAGAUUUUCCUGAAACUCUCACAAACCAGCAGCUUCUCAUCCCAAUGCCUUCUUUACCUCUGUGCUUCACCCUCUACUGCAUGUUCAACAAGCAUGGCGAAGUUGUGCUUCACCCUAACUUAUUUCUGGCUUAUAAGACAUUUUUUAAAUUUUUUUAAAAUAAAUUAUAGGUUGCCAUUUCAUGUCGCCAUACAUCGUAGAAGUAGCUACCCCAUGGAUCUGUUUCCACGAUGCAAUAUCACUAUCUGUCAUUGGAGGAGGAGGACGACGACAGCAGAGGAGGGGAGUAGUUCAGCGCGAAGACUAAAGUAUAAGUAAAAGGUUUCCAGGGAAACGGUUCGGUUUCCAUCGGCUUUUUUAAUUUUAUUUUUUAUUAUUUUGCUAUAAUGCUGCUACACAAAUGGACUCAUAGAGAGAUGAUUCAUAGAUCCGCUGAGUGAUGUCAGAUCCGAUCUAUUUAUUAUACGUCUGUACCAUAGUGAGCUCAACCAGAGAAGAAAAGUUAUUUAUAUUUUUCCUCGAGACUGUAUUAUAAUUUAAUUUUUUUUUUUUUUCUUUUGCCUGAAUUGUGUUUCCCUUGUAUAAUGUGUACAGUAUGUUUUUGGGGCACUGAUGACCUAAAGAAACAUACAAUCCUAUCAAAGGGAUAUGUUGUUAAUAAAACAAAAUUUGAAACACCCUAAA